AAGCAAGAUGGCAGCCUCCAUGGACAGCAUGUUUCGAUUGCUUGCCGGGAAACGGAAAAUGCAUCGAAUCGUUUUAAGAUCAGGUGUAAUAAUGAAUGUAAAGAGAUGGUUAGCAACUGUGGCAAACUACCAAACCACAGUGGACAACUCACUGACUGAAUUGAAAACGUUCCGAAAACAUCCAGGAAUUAUGCGAACAAAAAAUGUCAAACUUCCUGAUGCUUUACUACAGACCCUUAAUCGAUACCUGGCUGACAAGCCCAUGAAACAGCUUGCACCUCGUGCCAAGGCGCUCAGCAAUUACCUCUGGAGCCGCCAGCUGCCAUUGGAAGAAGCACAGCUCAGGGCCAAGGCUCAGGAGUAUGCACAGCUGCAAGGCGUGGAGGAUAUUGAUGAGGACAUGUUGCACAGUCAAGACUUGCCUAAAGACCACAAAAAGAAAGUGGCCUCCAUCAUGAACAAACUGAGGAGGCAUAUCUAUCACUGGCAGCCUAUCAGGUUUGAUGAAACAACAGUGUGUGCAUACACAAUGUCCAGAAUAGCUCCAAACUAUGCCACUAUUUACAGGGUGCUGCACGAGAUCAAGAAAAGGGUGCCCGACUUCAGUCCUGAGGCUUUGCUUGACUUUGGGUCUGGUAUUGGGACUGUGUCAUGGGCUGCGCAUGCUCUCUGGGGCAACACAAUCAAGGAGUUCUACUGUGUAGAUACAUCCAGGGAGAUGCAUGAUGUGGCAGAGGCAUUGAUGAAGGAAAGACAAACUGAAGAUGGAGAGAGCAGAAACAUCAUCAAGGGUGUCUACUUCAGACACUUCUUGCCCAUGUCACUACAGAAGAAAUAUGACCUUACGAUAAGUGCCUACUCCCUGCUUGAGCUUCCAAGCAGAACAGAUCGCCUGAAUACCCUCCGGACAUUGUGGCGUAAAACGGAUCAGUUUUUGAUACUCAUCGAGUGUGGCACAAAUGAAGGCUACAAGACCAUCAUGGAGGCCAGGGACUUCAUUCUGAAUGACAUCCAGAAAGAGGAGGAAAGGAACCUGCUCAAAAGAAGGGUCGCCGAGGGUGUUACUAGGGAGGUUGCAAGGGAAGAAGUAGGAUUGGUCGAGCAUUCCACAACCCUUGCUGGUCACGUGUUUGCCCCAUGUCAGCAUGACCAAGACUGCCCCAGGAUCACAGACAGCUCCAAAACCCCCUGCAACUUUGAGCAGGACUUUCAUCACUUCAGCAAAAGAGAAGAGAUCAUCAAGGAGCGAUUCUCCUACCUUGUGCUCAGGAAAGGUCCCAGAAUAUCAGGUGAUGAUACUGGCCAUUGGCCGAGAAUUGUCCGUCCAGUUUUGCCACGUUCUCGUCAUGUAAUCUGCAGGCUCUGUUGUUCCAAUGGUCAGCUUGAAGAAGCAGUCAUCACAAGGGCCAAGCAUGGGAGGGAGCUGUAUCGGUGUGCCCGGUACUCCGCAUGGGGAGAUCUUCUACCCAUCUGUAGACCUCAGGAGAAUGUACUGCCAGAACAACAAACGGACACUGAAGGACUACACUCUGACAGUGACUAAGCUUUAGCCAGGCCAGGUCCACAUAACUUCCCUCAUCUCAGAGCUUCCAAACUUUAAAUCUAAACCAAGUGGGGAUUGGAGUUUCCCUGGAUAACUCCUCCAGGCAUGGAUGCAUAUUUUGGGGUAGGACAGGCUGCCACUUUAGAACACAUUCUGUGGGCAUUUUUUUAAACUUUAACAUUAUCAUGAAUGGCCAGUGUGUUACUGCCUCUGUCCCAAACUGGUUCAAAGUUAAUUUGGAACAAGUUGUAGAUCAAGGUGUUAAAGUUCAGAUACACUGCAUGUUGGAAAUUUCUUAGAGAAGUGAUUUCUUUCCACUUGGAUUUAUUGCCACAUAACAGUACAGAUGAGAUGGUUUUAAAACUCUGUAUAUUUUGGUUGAAAAUGCGUGCAUCCAUGCAGCAAUUUUUUUCUUCUUGGAAAGAAUGAAAUGUCCACAGCCAGGUAACUGCAAACACUUGAGAAAUGUUUCAAGUGUUUACAUUUAUCAUGAAACUAAUUAUAUAGGGAAACUGACUAGGUGCUUAUAAAUGAUUAUAGGUGAACGAAGAAAUUGACUAGCGCAGGAUUUGAACCUGCAGCCUCCAGAAUACCGUCCUGAUGCUCUACCAACUGAGCUAUCCAGCCCUAUGUUGGUGGCUCUUCCCAUUUGUCAAUAUCUCUAUUCGGGGGCACUAAGCAGAAGCCCUUAAACCUUAAACACCAUGUAGCCAGGGAUCACACCCAAAUAACACACGUAUGUUCACCCACAUGCCCUUGUGCACUACUUAGUUGAGAGUUAGCACAUGUGCACACGGUCACUUAACUGUAGAUUUCGAGGCACGUGACGUUGGACAUUGUUCUGACACUUCUUUCUGCGGAUGGAGACUAUUAUUUAUUUUUAACAAAAUACAAAAAAAUGAAGUUUACAGAGAUAACCAGAUAACUAAAGAUUGAUCAAACAUUAAACCACUGUAUUAUAAUGAA